AUGUCUGUGGAUGAAGUUACCAAGAAGUUUGAAGAGACUGUUUCUGUUGAUGGACCAAAGACUGUGCUUUCGGAUGCCAAGGAUUUUGAGGUGAAGCACCCAUUGAACACCAAGUGGACGUUGUGGUACACAAAGCCAGCUGUUGAUAAAUCUGAGUCCUGGUCCGACUUGCUGCGUCCGGUUACAUCUUUCCAAUCGGUGGAGGAGUUCUGGGCGAUUGUUCAGAAUAUUCCAGAGCCACACGAGCUCCCACUAAAAUCAGACUACCAUGUGUUCCGUAACGAUAUCAGACCAGAGUGGGAAGACUCUGCUAACGCUAAAGGUGGUAAGUGGUCCUUCCAAGUCAGAGGCAGAGGUGCAGAGAUCGACGAGUUGUGGUUGAGAACAUUGCUAGCGGUCAUCGGUGAGACCAUCGAUGAAGAAGACUCCCAGAUUAACGGUGUUGUCCUAAACGUUAGAAAAGGUGGUAACAGAUUUGCAUUGUGGACCAAGUCCUGCGACAAGGAACCUCUAUCCAACAUCGGUGCCAGAUUCAAGCAAGUCUUGAAGCUCGCCGACGAGGACACUCUAGAGUUCUUCCCACACUCCACCGCCAACGAUAGACACUCCCAACCAACCAUCACUUUGUAA